AUGGGGGGAAAGCAGCGUGGCGGCAAGGGGACGGCGGGCGGAGGGGAAACAGCUGCCGCGGGGAUGACGCGGGAGAAGACGCGGAUGGCGGACGGUGCCGGGGAGAAGGGGCGCGCGGGGGGAGGCGCAGGGGAUAAGGGUCGUGGGCGUGAAGGAGAGCGGGGUACGGUGCGGGCGGAGGCGGCACAGGCGGCGGAGGUGGCGGAGGUGGCGGUGUCGCUGGGGAUGACGGGGCACGCGGGGCACCUCGAGAUCAUCGCCGUGGACCGCCACAGCUUCCCCCUCCACCCCCGCCUCGCCCCCCAAACCUUCGUACUCGUGAGCGCCUCCCCCUUCUGCGCCCCCUUCCGCGGGGCACCUCGAGAUCAUCGCCGUGGACCGCCACAGCUUCCCCCUCCACCCCCGCCUCGCCCCCCAAACCUUCGUACUCCGCCUCCCCCUUCUGCGCCCCCUUCCGCGGGGCACCUCGAGAUCAUCGCCGUGGACCGCCACAGCUUCCCCCUCCACCCCCGCCUCGCCCCCCAAACCUUCGUACUCGUGAGCGCCUCCCCCUUCUGCGCCCCCUUCCGCGGGGCACCUCGAGAUCAUCGCCGUGGACCGCCACAGCUUCCCCCUCCACCCCCGCCUCGCCCCCCAAACCUUCGUACUCCGCCUCCCCCUUCUGCGCCCCCUUCCGCGGGGCACCUCGAGAUCAUCGCCGUGGACCGCCACAGCUUCCCCCUCCACCCCCGCCUCGCCCCCCAAACCUUCGUACUCGUGAGCGCCUCCCCCUGCAUCGUCCCCAUGGCACGUAAGUCCAACCCCACCUGCCGCCUCCCUUCCAUCCUCUCCCUCAUCACCGCACCUCUGUUCUUCCCCCCGGGCACAUAUCUCGAUCUCACCCGUCCGCCCCCCUCCGCCCUAGAGCUCGUUCGGGGAACCACUGCCGGUGCCUUGCACCCCCUCGCCCUCUCCUCCCACCCGGCCCCCCACGCUGCUGCUGGGGGUGCAGCGGAGGUGCAGCAGGGGGAGGGGCAGCAGGCGGGUGGAGGGAGAGGAGAGUCGGAGGAAGCACUAGCAGCACUGUUUGCGUAUUUGGAGGGAGGGGCGGAAGGGGGUGAAGGAGGGGAUGGGGGAGGGGGAGGGGCAGCAGAUGCGAGGGGUGUUGGGGAUGCGUCGCUGCUGCUGAGUGUGCCUCCUGGGUUCACUGAGGGCGGGCGAUUUGAGGCCAGGGAGGAGGUGCGAGCUCUCACCCUCUUUCUUGGGGACAUGCUGCCGCUCUCUCUGCUGCGCGCGCUGGCAACCCCCCCGAAGGAGGUCUCAGAGAGGGACAUGCUGCCGCUCUCUCUGCUGCGCGCGCUGGCCACCCCCCCAAAGGAGGUCUCAGAGGUGCCUCCAGAGGAGGCGCAGGUUGCGGGCACUGGAGGGGCAGCAGGGAGCGGCGCUGCUGGUGUGGAGGGGGGAGAAGGGGGAGAGGGAGAGGCGGAAGGGGAGGCCGGGGGUGGGCAGGGGGGAGGAGAGGGGGAGAGCGGGAAGCUUGGGUUUGCAGAUGUGUUUCAGACAGCGUGGGGUGCUGGGGGGGAGGAAGAGGAGGGAGAGGAGGAGGAAGACGAGGAGGAGGGAGAGGAUGAGGAGGGAGAGGAAGAAGGGGAAGGGGAGGAAGGGAAGGAGGUGGGAGGAGGAAUGGGCUCGGCAGAGAUGGUUGCCUCUGCAGCCACGGCACGGUCGACUCCUCAGGGCAAGCAGCGAGAGAGGAAGAGCGGGGCGGCGGCAGCAGUGGAUGCGCUGCUGGGGGCGGGCAGAGGGGCGUUUGGCAGCCUCGAGUGGUGGACUGCUGGCUCUGGCCUGGGGCUGCUGGGUGCUGCGCCUUCGGCUUCCCGUCCUGCUGCCUCCAAAGAGGGCCAUGCAUGGGCAUGGGCAGUGACGGAUGGCAUACCGGAUCUGGACCGAGAGUUCGCCACCAUCCAGCCCGACAUGGCCAUGACCUUCCCCUUCCACCUCGACACCUUCCAGAAAGAGGCCAUAAUCCAUUUGGAGCGCCACGAGUCGGUCUUCGUGGCGGCGCACACCUCAGCGGGCAAGACAGUUGUGGCCGAAUACGCCUUCGCCCUCGCUGCCAAGCACUGCACGCGGGCAGUGUACACGUCGCCCAUAAAGGCCAUCAGCAAUCAGAAGUUCCGCGACUUCAGCAAGCGGUUCGACGUGGGUCUGCUGACGGGCGACCUCAGUGUGCGCCCCGAGGCGGCGUGCCUCAUCAUGACCACCGAGAUCCUGCGCUCCAUGCUGUAUCGCGCUGCUGACAUCAUCAAAGACAUUGAAUGGGUGGUGUUUGACGAGGUGCACUAUGUGAAUGACAUGGAGCGGGGUGUGGUGUGGGAGGAGGUGAUCAUCAUGCUGCCGCCCCACGUGGGCCUCAUCAUGCCCUCCGCCACUGUACCCAACACCACGGAGUUUGCGGAUUGGAUUGGCAGAACCAAGAGGAAGAAGAUUUUCGCCACAGGGUGGGUGGCAAUCAGGUGGCCUUGGAGUACUGCAGCUACUACGCAGGAUGACUGCACUGUAUUGUCCCACCCCUUUCAAUCCCUUUGCACCUUCAACAACUCCCAUCAAAACCCCCCUUCGCCCUCCCCUUCCCCCCAGCACCACGCGGCGUCCAGUGCCCUUGGAGCACAACAUCUACUACGGCGGGCGCCUGCACCGCAUCUUUGCACCUUACUGACUCCUUCCUUUGCCUCCCCUCCUCCACUCCCCAGCACCACGCGGCGGCCAGUGCCAUUAGAGCACAACAUAUACUACAGCGGUCGCCUGCACCGCAUCUUUGACCGCGGGGACAUCGACAGUGCCGCUCUGCGCGCCGUGCACGCCGCGCACAAGGCCAAGCACGCCCCCCCUGCGCAGCAGGCUGGGGGAGCGGGGCGAGGGGGUGGUGGUGUAUUUCCUUCCACCCCCUCCGACCCCCUCCCACCCCCUCCCAACCCCUCUGUCCCCCUCCACCCUGUGGUGGUGUUCUGCUUCUCCAAGCGCCGCUGUGACGAGUCAGCGGACAGCCUGACAUCAGUGGACCUCACGUCAAAGAGUGACAAGAGCGCCAUCGUCAUGUUCUGUAACUCCGCCUUCGCUCGCCUUAAAGGCUCCGAUAGGCACCUGCCACAGGUGGAGCGCAUAUCGGAGCUGCUGCGGAGGGGUAUUGGGGUGCACCAUGCGGGGCUGCUGCCCAUCGUGAAGGAGGUCGUUGAGAUGCUCUUCUGCUCCGGCCUCAUCCGGGUGCUCUUCUCCACCGAGACAUUCGCCAUGGGCGUCAAUGCCCCUGCCCGCACUGUCGCCUUCCAUGCACUCAAAAAGCAUGACGGGCGUUCCUUCCGCAUGCUGCUACCGGGGGAGUACACGCAGAUGGCCGGCAGGGCGGGCAGGCGAGGACUUGACAAGUUUGGCACGGUGAUUAUCUGCUGCUGGGAGGGCGAGGAGGUGCCAAGCGAGGUGGAUCUGAGGCGGGUGCUGACUGGCAAGGCCACGAAGCUGGAGUCGCAGUUCCGCCUCUCCUACGCCAUGAUCCUCAACCUGCUCCGGGUGGAGGACCUCACUGUGGAGGACAUGUUGAAGCGCAGCUUUGCGGAGACACAUGCGCAGCGCCUGCUGCCCCAGCAGCAGAAGAUGCUGCAGGCGGGCGAGCACGCCCUCGCCCAGCUUGCCAACGCCCAGCCCAUCAGCUGCAUCCUGGGCGACCCGUCGCUCAUCGAGCACUACUAUGACGUGGCAAGUGAGGCGCGUGAGCUGGAUGCAGCCCUGCAUGACGUGGUCAUGCGGUCCCGACAGGCCUCUCAGCUGCUGACACCUGGCAGGGUCGUAUUGGUGCAGCCGGCCGAGACUGCAUCACCCCACGUGGCAGCGCUGCUGAAGGGCCCAUUCGGCCCCACGCCAGCUAAGCACUCCUUCCUCGUGCUCUCCCUGCCGCGCUCCUCUGCUGCCCAUGCACCGGGGGAGAGCGGGGAGAGCAGCGACGGACGCGGCGAGGGGUCUGGGAGUGGACAGGAGGGCCGAGAGGAGGAAGGGAGGGAGGAGGAGACGAGGGUGGGUCGAUCUUUCAACCAGGUCACAGUGCUGGGCACGGGUCCCAACGGGCCUAUAGUUGUCAACAUGCGGUUACCGCAUCGCGGUACUGUAGCGGGCACGUGUUACACGGUGGAGCAGAUCCCUGCCGCCCAGCUCGUUGGGGUGUGCCGAGCCAAGGUUGCUCUGGAUGUGCCAAGCCUGCUGGAGGAGGUUCGGGUGCCGGCGUAUGCUGCAGUGGUGCAGGCGCUGGUUCAGGUUCGGGAGGAAUGUGCUCCUGCCGACCCUCCCCUCAUCGACCCCAUCAAAG